UCUCUCUCUCUCUCUCUCACAAAAUAUUUCUUUUCCUUCUCUGAAUACAAGAAAAUUUUCCAUUUUGAUCCUGCACUCAAAUUUAUCAUGGCUUUCUCAACUAAAGUACCUGUUGUUCUCUUCCUCUCUUCUCUCUUCAUCCAUGCAGCUCUAGCUGAGAUUGUGUGUGAGGAAUUGCCAUUGGAUGUUUGCGCAUUCGCGAUAGCGUCAUCGGGGAAGAGGUGUUUGUUGGAGACUACGGCGGCGGGGAAAGACGGGAGAGUGGAGCACCAAUGCCGGACGUCGGAGGUGGUGGUGGAGAGGAUGGCUGAGUACAUUGAGACGGAUCGGUGUGUGGAGGCUUGCGGGGUUGACAGGAAAUCUGUUGGCAUUUCAUCUGAUUCCCUUCUUGAGCCUCAGUUUAUGGCCAAGCUUUGCGCUCAGGAAUGUCAUCAAAACUGCCCCAACAUUGUUGACCUUUACUUCAAUUUGGCUGCCGGAGAGGGAGUUUUCUUGCCUGAUCUGUGUGAGAAACAACGCUACAGCCCUCACCGAGUCAUGGUGGAGCUUAUGAGCUCUGGCGCGGCCCCCGGACCUGUGGCCACGGAAGGACAGCUUCACACGGCCGCUCUUGCACCUGCUCCCCUGUAAUUACAUUAUUGUCCUUGUAUCUUUUUCUUUUUUGGGUAAAUUAGGGAAUAAUAAAUAGCAUAUUAUUAUAUAGAGAGAUCGAGAGUGAAAGGAGAUUUGGGGCUGUGAAACAAUAUUCUAUUUGAAGAGUGGCAUUGAAGAUUGUUGGGAUUGGGAUUUUGUUACACAUUCUAUUUGAAGAGCGAA